AGGUGCCAAAGCCGAACGGCUCAACUGCCACCAGAAUGGGUGUUAAGAAGCUCGCUAUCUUUCUCCUGGUCCUCUCUCUUUGUCUCGAGGGAGGAUCGGCCAAAGAAAAAGGAACAAAGAAGGGGAAGAAGAAAGGGAAGCAGGUUUACUGUCCAUCACAGCUGUCAUCUGAGGAUCUGGCCAGAGUCCCUGCAAAUUCAACCAGUAACAUCUUGAACAGGUUACUGAUCAGCUACGAUCCCAGAAUAAGGCCCAACUUCAAAGGCAUUCCUGUGGAGGACAGAGUGAACAUUUUCAUCAACAGUUUUGGCUCCAUCCAAGAAACGACCAUGGACUACAGAGUCAACAUCUUCCUGCGGCAGCGCUGGAACGACCCGAGACUGAAGCUGCCGCAGGACUUCAAGUCCGAUUCUCUCACCGUCGACCCCAAGAUGUUCAAGUGUCUCUGGAAGCCGGACCUGUUCUUCGCUAACGAGAAGAGCGCCAACUUUCACGACGUCACCCAGGAGAACAUUCUCCUCUUCAUUUUCCGUAACGGGGACGUCCUCAUCAGCAUGAGGUUGUCCAUCACCCUUUCCUGUCCACUGGAUCUGACGUUAUUCCCUAUGGACACACAGAGGUGUAAAAUGCAACUUGAAAGCUUUGGCUACACCACAGACGACCUGCAGUUUAUGUGGCAGACAGGGGACCCGGUGCAAAUGGACGCCAUCGCUCUGCCACAGUUUGACAUCAGACAAGAAGAUAUUGAUUAUGGGAACUGCACCAAAUUCUAUGCAGGAACAGGGUACUACACUUGUGUAGAGGUUAUCUUCACCCUACGGCGACAGGUUGGCUUCUACAUGAUGGGUGUUUACGCCCCCACGCUGCUCAUCGUAGUCCUCUCCUGGCUUUCCUUCUGGAUCAACCCUGAUGCCAGUGCCGCCAGGGUCCCUCUGGGCAUCCUCUCUGUGCUCUCCCUCUCCUCUGAGUGCACCUCCCUGGCUUCAGAGCUGCCCAAAGUGUCCUACGUCAAGGCCAUCGACAUCUGGCUCAUCGCUUGCCUGCUGUUCGGCUUCGCCUCGUUGGUGGAGUACGCUGUGGUUCAAGUGAUGCUCAACAGCCCGAAGCGCAUCGAGGCCGAGAAGGCCAAGAUAGCAUCCAAGGAGAAGGCUGCGGGAAAGAGCCCCACUGCCCGGAACAACACGGUGAAUGGGACCGGAGGGACGCCGCUUCAUGUCAGCACCUUGCAUGUGGCGGAGACUCGCUGUAAGAAGGUGUGCACCUCUAAAUCGGACCUGCGGACCAACGACUUCAGCAUCGUGGGCUCGCUCCCGCGGGACUUUGAGCUGUCGAACUUUGACUGCUACGGGAAGCCGAUCGAUACCGGCGCCGGUCCCGGCAAAUCCCAGUCCAAGAACAACAAGAAACCUCCUCCCCCUAAACCAGUCAUCCCCUCUGCUGCCAAACGAAUCGACCUGUACGCCCGAGCCCUCUUCCCGUUCUCCUUCCUCUUCUUUAAUGUGAUUUAUUGGUCCAUAUACUUGUGA